GGUCCAGGCAGAGAGAGCUGGAUCACCUGUACCCAGCUGUCUGUCCAUGAAGAGCGAUCAUUCAAUGGAUAAACCAGUCCGAUUCAAAGGAGACAUCACUGGUGAUCAAAGGGUCCAGGCAGAGAGAGCUGGGUCACCUGUACCCAGCUGUCUGUCCAUGAAGAGCGAUCAUUCAAUGGAUAAACCAGUCCGAUUCAAAGGAGACAUCACUGGUGAUCAAAGGGUCCAGGCAGAGAGAGCUGGGUCACCUGUACCCAGCUGUCUGUCCAUGAAGAGCGAUCAUUCAAUGGAUAAACCAGUCCGAUUCAAAGGAGACAUCACUGGUGAUCAAAGGGUCCAGGCAGAGAGAGCUGGGUCACCUGUACCCAGCUGUCUGUCCAUGAAGAGCGAUCAUUCAAUGGAUAAACCAGUCCGAUUCAAAGGAGACAUCACUGGUGAUCAAAGGACACUGUGGCCACUCGAGUCCCGCUCAAAGUGUCCCCAUAAACAGUCUCUCCUGCGCACUUUGAUGAAGCUGAAGAAGUUUGAGAAGUUGAAACUGUUUCAGAGCCAUCUGAGUCAGGAUUGCCCAGAAUGCUGUCUUGAAGAUCAGAGCCUGCCUGAAGAUCCUACUUGGCUGGCUAAGAUUAUGAAGUUUAUUAAUGAAUUGUUCGACAGUCAUGAAGUUGAUGAUUACUCAGAAUGCACUGAGAGAGAGCAGGAGGAUCCUGAGGUUGUGUGUAUAGUUGAGAAGUUGGUGGAGACCUGUGGCAGUGAGGGGUCUCUGAAGAUCACACUCCACAUCCUGAGGAACAUGAAGCAGAAGGAUCUCGCUGAUUCAUUGGAAAGAGAUGAAUCCAUAAAAAGAGCCCAGCAGGCACUGAAAACUCAUCUGAAGAGGAAGUUUGAAUGCAUAUUUGAAGGUUUAGCGAAGAAGAGCAACCCAACCCUUCUGAAUGAGAUCUAUACAGAGCUCUACGUCACAGAGGGGGGAAGUGGGGGGGUCAAUAAUGAACACGAGGUUAGACAGAUUGAGACAUCCAAGACACAAACCACACAGGAGACUGCAAUCCUCUGCAAUGACAUCUUUAAGCCUUUAUCUGGACAAGAGAAACCCAAAACUGUUCUUACAAAGGGCAUUGCUGGCAUUGGGAAAACCGUCUCUGUGCAGAAGUUCAUUCUGGACUGGGCAGAAGGCAAAGCCAAUCAGGACGUUGAUUUCAUCUUCACUCUUCCUUUCCGAGAUCUGAAUUUGAAGAAGGAAAGAGCAUUCAGUCUGAUGCAACUUCUACAGCACUACUUUCCACAACUGAAAGAGAUCAAAAGUGUUGAAGGUGAUGAAGUCAAAGUGGUGUUUAUCUUUGAUGGUCUGGAUGAAUGUCGACUUCUUCUAGAUUUCCAAAGAAAUGAGAUCUGCUGUGAUAUAACAGAGUCAUCAUCAGUGGAUGCGCUGCUGACUAACCUCAUUAAAGGGAAUCUGCUUCCCUCUGCUCUCCUCUGGAUCACCUCCCGACCAGCAGCAGCUAAUCAGAUCCCUCCUGAGUGCGUCCACCAGGUGUCAGAAGUACGAGGGUUCAAUGACCCACAGAAGGAGGAUUACUUCAGAAAGAGAAUUAGAGAUCAGAACCAGGCCAGUAGAAUUAUCUCACACAUAAAGUCAACCAGGAGUCUCUACAUCAUGUGUCACAUACCAGUCUUCUGUUGGAUUUCUGCUACUGUUCUGGAGGCAAUGUUAGUUAAAGUAGGGAGUGGUGAUCUUCCCAAAACUCUGACUGAAAUGUACACACACUUUCUGCUCAUUCAAACUAAUGUGAAGAAUCGGAAGUAUCAUGGCGCUGAUGAGACAGACCUAAAGAAGAUGUCAGCAUCAGAUACAGAAAUCAUCCUGAAACUGGGGCAGCUGGCUUUUCGACAGCUGGAAAAGGGCAAUCUGAUAUUCUAUGAAGAGGACCUGAGAGAGAGUAGCAUUGAUGUCAGUGAAGCUUCAGUGUACUCUGGGGUGUGCACAGAGAUCUUUAAAGAGGACUGCCGGUUGUACCAGAAGAAGGUCUACUGCUUUGUGCAUCUGAGCAUUCAGGAGUAUCUGGCUGCCUUGUUUGUGUUUCAUUCAUGUGUAAAUGAGAACAGAAAUGUACUCAGAGCUGAAGAAUCAAAACCUCACAGUGACAGAGUGCAGCUGUCUGAGUUACACAGGAGUGCAGUGGAUCAGGCCUUAGAGAGUAAGAAUGGACACCUGGACCUUUUCCUCCGGUUCCUUCUUGGCCUCUCUCUGGAGUCCAUUCAGUCUCUCUUAGGAAGACUACUGACACAGACUGGAAAUAGAUCAACUGUACCAGACCUACAGACACAGACAGAAAGCAGAUCACCUGUACCAGACCUACAGGCACAGACUGAAAGCAGAUCACAGUGCAUUGAGAAAACAGUCCAGUACAUUAAGGAGAGGAUCAGAGAAGAAUCUUCAGCAGAGAGGAUCAUCAAUCUGUUCCACUGUCUCAGUGAACUGAAUGACAACGCUCUAGUGGAGGAAAUCCAGAAUUCCCUGAGAUCAGGGAAACUUUCUGAUAAAGAGCUGGAACCAGACCAGUGUUCAGCGCUGGCCUUUGUGUUACUGAUGUCAGUGGAGGUCCUGGAUGAGUUUGACUUGAAGACCUACAACACAGGCCAGGCAGGCCAUCAGAGACUGCUACCAGUAGUCAGGAACUGCAGGAAGGCCAAUCUGAACACCUGUGACCUCACAGUGAAGUCCUGUGAUAUUGUGGUCUCAGCUCUCCAGUCAUCAAACUCACCCCUGACAGAUCUGGACCUCAGCUACAAUAACCUGGGAGAUUCAGGAGUGGAGCUGCUCUGUGCUGGACUGAUGAGUCCAAACUGUAAACUACAGAGACUGGGACUGAACAGCUGUGGCUUCACAGACAGCUCCUGUAAUUUUGUGGCCUCAGCUCUCCAGUCAAACUCACCCCUGAGAGAUCUGGACCUCAGCUACAGUAACCUGGGAGAUUCAGGAGUGGAGCUGCUCUGUGCUGGACUGAUGAGUCCAAACUGUAAACUGCAGAGACUGGGACUGAACAGCUGUGACCUCACAGAGAAGUCCUGUGAUAUUGUGGCCUCAGCUCUCCAGUCAUCAAACUCACCCCUGACAGAUCUGGACCUCAGCUACAAUAACCUGGGAGAUUCAGGAGUGGAGCUGCUCUGUGCAGGAUUGAGGAGACCAAACUGUAAACUACAGAGACUGGGGCUGGGUUGGUGUAAUCUCACAGAGGGCUGCUGUGAUGUUCUGGCCUCAGUCCUGCGUUCUCCUCACUCAGAGCUGAGAGAUCUGGAGCUCAGAGACAACGAGCUGCAGGAUUCAGGAGUGAGAGCUCUCUCUGCUGGACUGGAGGACCCACACUGUAAACUGCAGAGACUGGGGCUGUCAGGCUGUAGAGUCACACAAAGAGGCUGUGAUUCUCUGGCUUCAGCUCUGUGUUCAAACCCCUCACACCUGAGAGAGCUGGACCUGAGAUACAAUCACCCAGGAGACUCAGGAGUGAGAGCGCUGUCUGCUGCUAAACUGGACACACUCACACUGCUUGUGGACCAUGGAGGAGAGAACAGGACCAAACCAGGACCCAGGAAAUACGGCUGUCAGCUCACACUGGAUCCAAACACAGCGCACAGAAAGCUGUCUCUGUCUGAGGGGAACAGGAGGGUGACACACACACGGGGGAGAGAGGAGCAGCCAUAUCCUGAUCAUCCAGAGAGAUUUGAGUACGAGCCCCAGGUUGUGUGCAGAGAGAGUGUGUGUGAGCGCUGUUACUGGGAGGCUGAGUUCAGUGUGUCUGAGUGGGGAUGGGCUGAUAUAGCAGUGACAUAUAAAGGAAUCAGCUGGAACGGAGGGGAUUCUGACUUUGUGUUUGGAUUCAAUAAAAACUCCUGGAGUCUGAAGUGCUGUAAACACGGAGACUCUGAUAAACUCAGUGACUCUGAUAAACUCAGAUACUCUGUCUGGCACAAUAAGAACCAAACACUCAUACCUGCCCUCACCUCCCCCUACCGCAGAGCAGGAGUGUGUGAUGAUGAUGGUGGUGCUGGUGGAGGAGUGUGUGUGUACAGGGUAGGAGUGUGUGUGGACCGUCCGGCCGGCACUCUGUCCUUCUACAGCGUCUCUGACUCAGACACACUGACCCUCCUGCACAGAUUCCACACACACUUCACUCAACACACACCCCUCUGUGCUGGAUUUCAUGUGUGGGAGUCCUCCUCAGUGUCCCUCUGUUAACUGGACUAGACACACACACACACACGCAUGCACACACACACACACACACGCAUGUGCGCGCACACACAAACAUUCACACACAUGCACGCACACACAAACAUGCACGUGCACACACACACACACCUGCGCAUACACACUCGCACGCAUGCAUGAACACACACACACCACAUUCAUAUACCCACUGACACACACACACCACACACACUCAAUCACACACUCGCACACAAACACACACUCAGAUACACAUAGACACACACACCCACACCUACACACAUACAUCCACACACACACACACACACUCUCACACACACCCUUUCUCUCUCACACUCACUCAUGCACACGCACUCACAAAUACACACACUGAUGUACACACAUGCUCACGCACUCACACACCUACGCACGCACACACUCACAUUCUUACACGCACAUACACACUCUCACACCCAAUCACUCACACACCCAAUUACCCACCUACACACGGAUACACACAAUCUCUCGCACACUCAAACACACAUUCACCAGUGCACUCUCACUCACACACACACAUGCAUGCAUACGUACACACGCUCAUAACCGUAUGCACACAAACUCUCUCUCUCUCUCUCUCAUACUCAGUCACUCACACACACACACUCACAUCCACACACAUUCACACACACACACAAACUCAUGCACUCACACACACACACAUACAUGCGUGCAAAGACACAAACACGUGUCAACACACAUACUCCUCAGUGUCCCUCUGCUAACUGGAGUAGAGACACACACAUGCGCACGCACACAAACAUGCACACACAUUUAUUUUUUUUACAUUUUAAUACAUUUAUAUUGCAAAUGUUUAAGGUGUGUUUAUGUACUUUUGAUUAUUAAAACAUUAAUAUAACAUUGAGAGUAAUAAUGCCAAAAGGUGGCAGGGUAAAAUGUUUUUGAAGUAGUAAUUCUGUCUCCUUUAUCUGCAUCUUUUUUAAAAGAAGCCAGUGGCAAACUCCUGCACUUAAAUGUGCAUUUUACUAGUUUUUACAGUUGCUUUCAUUCAUUUUCACAAGAUUUCCAAUGUGCAAAUUUCUGUAGGCAAAUGCAGCUGAUAGGGAGAAUGCAGAAUGAUCACUGCAGUGUACUUAUUUCCUUUCAUUACUGUAAACAAUGAUGGAUUGAGUUUCCUUAUUAAUUCUGUUGGGAUUGUUUUUUUUUUGUUUGUUUGUUUUUUUGUUUUUUCAGUUUUCAAUAAUAUGCAAUGAUUAAACCUGAAUUAUAAAAAUA